AUGAUAAAGAUGAUGAUGAUGAUCAUUUUGCUCAUUAUUGAGUCUGUUCUGGUCUCCUCGUAUGCAUUACACUCUACAGUUGGCUGUGAGCAGCAGGAUGGCCCAUUCACACUGAACGUGAGAGCUGGAGAAUCUCUGCGUUUGCCGUAUCACUAUGAUGAAUUCAACAACUCUUACACAUGGUUUAGAAAUCUGAGCAGAACGAUGAAGCUGGAGCAGAUUGGCACUGAGGAGAGCCAGCGGGUGCAUCACAAUAAAUCUACUCUAUACAUCCUCCAUCUUACACUCAACGACACGGGAACAUACAUCACACACUGGAGGCAUGCAGAGAACGUGUGUUAUGAGAUCGAAACAGACAUUGUGGUUUAUGAGAAUUUCAGCAGAGAUCUCCUGUACGGAGAGACGUCGAAUUCAGAAAUGAUCUGUCCCAUCUGUGAGAAUCAGCCGGGCUCCUUCAUCUGGUAUAAGGAUUUCACUCUUAUUCCAAACCAGUCGAAACGUUCUGUACGUAUUCGCAAUUCUUCAAAAGAAAGCCUGGGCAUUUACACCUGCGUCUGCACCUGGGACCAUCAUGGGAUCAAAUACAACACCUCUGGAUCUCGAGAACUGGUCAUUAAAGAGAAGACCGUCAGAAUUCCUCCACAGUUUCGCCUUCCGAUCAAAAACUCCAUUGUCAACACUAAUAUUGGUGCAGAAUUGCUGCUCAACUGUUCGGUGUUGUUUGGGACGGAGGUGUGUAAUCAAUGCUUUGUUCACUGGGAGAAAAACGGGAUCAAACUAAACGAGAUGAAGGGAUACGAGGAGAAGUACAGUAAGAAAGGAGGCUUCGCUCAGUCUCUCCUGAACAUCACUGCGGUGUCUGAGCUGGACCUUCAGUCGGAGUUUCGCUGUACAGCUAUGGACGAAUAUGAAGUGAUUUAUGUGUCAGUCACUUUGAAGAGAGAACCAUCGGUGCUCACGGUGAUUCUGGUGUUCAUCUUCAUAUUCACCGUCUUGCUGCUGUUUGCUGGAACAUUGAGGUGGUUUGCAUUGGAUCUGGUGCUGUUUGCACGGAAAAUUUUCAUCAAAUUCUACAGGACAGAGGAUGGGAAACUGUAUGAUGCCUAUGUGAUUUACCAGAGAAGCGGCUUGGAUGAGGAGACGGGCCAGGCUGUGAGUGAGUUUGUGAAUGGGGCUCUUCUGCCAGUGCUGGAGAGCAGCUGUGGAUAUAAACUCUUCAUCCAUGGCAGAGACGACCUGCCUGGAGAAGACUCUGCAAACCUGAUCCAAACCCAGAUCCAGCUGAGCCGCAGACUCCUCAUCAUUUUAUCAGCAGAAGGAGUUGGAGGUUCAGCUGAGGCGUAUGACCUGCAGGCGGGCCUCCAUCAGACUCUGGUUCAGGGAGAAACGCCGGUGAUCAUCAUCCAGCUGGGGCUCAUGCAGGACUACAGUCACCUUCCUCUGGGACUGCAGCAUCUGCUCCGCAAGAGAUCCGCUUUACUGUGGAGAGGCGGAGAGGCAUCCCUGAACUCCAGAUUCUGGAAGAGGGUGAGGUACAGGAUGCCUGCAGCGUCUGCAACGAUCCGGAGAAGCAGAGCAUCAAACACUGCAGCAUUUCACUGGCAGAGUUUGUCUGUUUGAGGAUGCGCUUGCACUGG